GGAAACAAGGCAGUCUUGUACUUUCGCCUUUUCCUUCUCUAUCCAUAUGUUCUAUAGAUCGGAGGCAGUCGCCGAAAUGUUCAUUCUGUCGACAUGAUCUUACAGCCUUCUCAUUAAGCUGCUUCCAUCCAGUGGCCAGAUGAAACCCCUGAAAGAUGCACAGCUUGGGGCUUUCACUUUCUUUGCCUCAGCUCUUCCACAUGAUGUCUGUGGCAGCAAUGGCCUCCCUCUCACCCCCAACUCCAUCAAAAUUUUGGGACGUUUUCAGAUCCUCAAGACCAUCACUCACCCAAGACUCUGCCACUAUGUGGACAUAACCAGAGGAAAACAUGAACGGCUCAUUGUUGUUGCUGAACACUAUGAAAGCAGUUUAAAUGAUUUCCAAAAACAGGGGAAAGCUGCCAGCCCAGAGAAGGUGCUGCAGAUAGCCUAUGAGGUACUUGAAGGCCUAGAGUUUAUGAACAAACAUGGUAUUGUGCACAGAGCCCUCAGUGCACACAAUGUGCUCAUGGACUGCAAGGGGAAUGUCAAGCUGGCAAAGUUUGGCCUUUAUCACAUGACUGAUCAUGGAGCCGACGUCGAUUUUCCCAUUGGGUACCCAUCAUAUCUUGCUCCAGAGGUGAUUGCUCAGGGCUCCUUCCACCCUAGUGACCCUUCUUAUGAUGAAGCUCCUCUGCCCUCAGGACCAAAGACUGAUGUCUGGUCACUUGGAGUGUUGCUGUUUGAAUUGUGUGCAGGUAGAAGAUUGUUGCAGAAUAUUGCUAUAACCGAGAGACUGAAAUUCAUUCUAACCUUAGGUUGCAUGGAUGACAUUGUCACUGUCCUUGCUGAGGAACAUGGUUGCCUCGAUACCAUUAAGGACCUGCCUGAGAAUGUUCUGGAGUUAUUAAGGAAAUGCUUGACCUUUCUUCCAUCCAAAAGACCGACCCCUGCAGAGCUGCUGGGAGACUGCGUGUUCAGUGGGGUCUCCUGCCUUUAUACACCCUUCCAGAAGCCUGUUAGCCUGUUCUCGUCUUCUCUGCGCUGUGCACAUCUGGGGCUCCCAGAGGACAUCAGCGACCUUUGCAAAAAUGACGAUGAAGACUACCUGUCAGAGCGGGCCAUAGAUGAGGUGUACCAUCUGUGGUGCCUAGCAGGGGGAGACCUGGAGAAGGAGCUGAUCAAUAAGGAGAUCAUACAGUCCAAACCUCCGAUUUGCACACUGCCUAAUUUUGUCCUGGAAGAUGGGGAGUCAUUUGGGCAGGGCAGGGAUCGGAGUUUCUUGCUAGAUGACACAACAGUAACACUGUCCCUGUGCCAACUCAGAAAUAGAUUGAAGGAUGUAGCGGGAGAAGCCUAUUACCCUCUACUGGAAGAUGAACAGUCAAGUCUGCCCCAGUCCAACAGCAGUAAUGAGCUGUCAUCCACCGUCACACUGCCACUCAUCAUCCGAGAGAGAGACACCGAGUACCAGCUCAUCCGCAUCAUCCUCUUUGACAGGCUGCUCAAGGCCUAUCCUUACAAGAAGAACCUGUUGUGGAAAGAGGCCAGAGUGGAUAUUCCUCCUCUUGUUCGAGGGCUGGCAUGGGCUGCACUGCUAGGUGUUGAGGGUGACAUUCAAGCCAAAUAUGAGAGCAUAGACAAGGACACUCCUAUACCAACUGACAGACAGAUCGAGGUGGACAUCCCACGUUGCCACCAGUAUGAUGAGCUGCUGUCGUCUCCUCAGGGCCACAUCAAGUUCAGACGUGUGUUGAAAGCUUGGGUGGUAUCCCACCCUGACCUGGUCUACUGGCAGGGGUUGGAUUCACUUUGUGCUCCAUUUCUUUACUUGAAUUUCAACAAUGAAGCCCUGGCGUACGCCUGCAUGUCUGCCUUCAUUCCCAAAUAUUUGUACAACUUCUUCCUUAAGGACAACUCUCAUGUCAUCCAAGAGUACUUGACUGUCUUCUCCCAAAUGAUUGCCUUCCAUGACCCAGAGCUAAGCAACCAUCUAAAUGAGAUUGGCUUCAUCCCAGAUCUUUAUGCUAUUCCAUGGUUCCUGACUAUGUUUACACAUGUUUUUCCACUGCACAAGAUUUUCCACCUGUGGGACACGCUGCUGCUGGGUAACUCCUCUUUCCCCUUCUGUAUCGGCGUGUCCAUAUUGCAGCAGCUCAGGGAUCGUCUUCUGGCUAAUGGCUUCAAUGAGUGCAUCCUACUCUUUUCUGACCUGCCAGAAAUUGACAUUGAGCGCUGUGUCCGUGAGUCCAUCAGUCUUUUCCGCUGGACUCCUAAGAGCGCUACAUACCGACAACAUGCUCAGUUACCAAAGGUCACAGGCGACAAUGGCUUUGGGAAAACGGCAGCAUUCUACUCGUCAGACUACCAGGACAUGCCCAAGACAGACUUGUCUCGGGAGCCUCUGGCACUGUGUGACCUGAAAGCAGAAGUAUCCCCCAGGACCUCGGCUGAGGAUUUAAUUGACCUCUGUGAGCUGUCAUUGACUGGGCCUACCAAGAGGACCAAAGCUGGCAAGCCCAAAAUCAUUGCUGUCGACAUCCGCAGUGUUGAGGACUUCAGCAGAGGCCAUAUUUCUGGCAGCAUCAACAUUCCCUUCAGCACAGUGUUCGGCCCCGAUGGUGAGCUGGUGCAGUGUCCUACAACAGGAGUCCUCCAGAAUUACAGAGGGCGUGUCAUUGUAGUCAUUAGUCAUGCCAUGAAGAGCGCUGCUGUGUUUGCAGCAUGCUUAGUCAAGGUAAAUUUUCCACGGGUCUGUAUACUGGAUGGCGGUAUCAACAAGCUGAAGCCUACUGGACUGCUGACUGUCCCCUCCCCUCAGAUCUGACCACAUUCCUCAGUUCCACACUAAGAAAAGGGGGACUGGAAAGACUGGAAAUUGCAUUAAACAAAAAUAUCAUCAUUGUAAUUAGCUUCUUUUACAGUUUAAUUUCAUUACCAUAUAUACUUACUGGGUGGUUAUUUUAUUAUAUUCUGUUUUAAACAAAGAAUGAUGGACUCAAGUUUUGUUCUAGGACAACUGCUGUGUAUUGUAGUCGGUUUGCACUGAUAAACUGAGCUGCCUGUGACUAAUACAAGUAUCUAAAUAUAUGUAUGGGAAACAAUAAAAUAACAGUGAUUUGUGUAUUUGGUGAUUUCAGAGCCAGUAUUUGCAUUGACAUUGUUUAUAGUAGAUUAUACUCUAGAUUCUACUGUAUGUCUUUGUCUUAUCAUAGAAAUUGGUUGUGCC